CGAGCUCCCCGAACGCACCCAGAUUUUCUAACCUGAAUAGUCGUCAACUGUAACGAUUUAAUAUCUCGCGAGGCAAACCGCCGCGUAACUGCCAGAUUCUUUCAUUUUGUGUAAAAACGCGUCGAUUGAACAUAAUUUCAUCUAUAUUCGCGUUCAGUCCCGUAUUCUAAAUAAAUACUAUUUAAUUAUGAUGUACGAAAGGAAUUGAAAUCACAUUUAUCGCAUAAUUCGUCCGGAAAUAUUUCAGAAAAGUACCUAAUUUAUUUAUAUCUAUUACAAUGACAAAUCAGCGACCAGUUUCUUGCGGGUUGGAUUUUUGCUGUGCGGUAAAUCUAAGUGAUUGUUUAAUUUAUGCAAAUGACUCCAAAUAUGAUUUUGUUUGCGUCCCCUUGGUUCAUCCUUUAUUUAAAAGAGAAUUUAUCUCUGGACCUGCCAAAAAUCGUCCAGGACCAUUUACUAGGCCUGACUUAAUUUUAUCAAGUUCAGAUUGGAAUAAUUUAAUAAUUGGGAAGUUUUCGCCACUUAUCAAUGUUGACUCGAUUGAUCCAGUCGUCAGAAAAAAUAGUGAAGAAACCUUAAAUCAGGAAUUAUGCUUAGCUAGCCACUUUGGUUUGUCAGGAGUGACUUUUAAAUUAAGAUGUGGGGUAGAUAAAAAUAUGAAUCUUGCCAGGAUUAUUUCUGAUAAAGUAAACAAAGAUAACUGUACCUUCCAGGUAUGGAUACAAGUUCCUAUGGAGAAUCCAAUUAGGCAAACCUAUUCUUACAGAACAGAGGAUUGCCCAGUAGAAGAAAAUCCAUGGGAAUGGUGGAAUGUCUUUAGAGUAAUAUGUGAUUACAAUAAAAGAUUAGGAAUUGCAUUAAUUGUCAGUCAUGACCUGCCUGAAGAGGAAGAGAUUGAUAGAUGGCUCGGAGAACCAGUGAGAUGUUUGAUUUUGCCGACAACGUUAUUUCUAACAAAUAAAAAAGGAUAUCCGGUACUAAGUAAAGCACACCAAGUAUUAGUAAAGAGAUUUGCUGUGUUAGAAGUACAAUUUAUUUUAACAGGCGCAUCACGUUACCAAAGUAUUAGCUACUAUCAUAACUACCUUGAUUACCUGUGGAAGGGAUGCCAAAGUGAUGGAACAGUGGAAAGAUUCGCUCGAGGAUAUGAGGAUUAUCUGCAAUGUCCAUUACAGCCUCUAAUGGAUAAUCUGGAGUCACAAACUUAUGAAAUAUUUGAGAAGGAUCCCGUAAAGUAUCGAGAAUAUCAGAGUGCUAUAUACGAAGCUAUUAAAGCAAUAUCCAAGAUGGAAGAGGAGGAAAGGACGAUAGUUAUUAUGGUAGUUGGUGCUGGAAGAGGGCCGCUUGUAACCGCAUCUCUGAAUGCCGCAGAAAUGGCCUAUCGAGAAGUAAAAAUAUAUGCAGUGGAGAAAAAUCCUAAUGCCGUGAUAACUUUACAGGCCCUUCAGAGAGAUAUGUGGAAAGAAAAAGUUACAGUAGUAUCGUGUGAUAUGAGAGAAUGGAAUCCCCCAGAAAAAGCUGAUAUUAUUGUGUCUGAAUUACUCGGAUCCUUUGGCGAUAACGAAUUAUCUCCUGAAUGUCUAGAUAAUGUCCUCAAGUUCUUAAGAGACGACGGAAUUAACAUACCGCAAUCAUAUACUUCAUACAUAGCUCCUAUGCAAUCCUCUAAACUGUACAAUGAAGUAAGGCAACUUAGAGAUAAAGAUAAACAUCCGAUGACUCACUUUGAAACUCCAUAUGUAGUACAUCUUCAAAACAAAUACGACAUAGCAAAUCCAAAACCACUUUUUACAUUCAAACAUCCGAAUACAGACGCUGUUACUGACAAUUCGAGAUAUGAAACCAAAACUUUCCAAGUGGAACAGAAUUGCGUAUUACAUGGAUUUUCAGGAUAUUUUACAGCAGUUUUAUAUGGAAACAUCACAUUAAGCAUAGAGCCUAGCACAUAUAGCCCAGAUAUGUUUAGUUGGUUCCCAAUCUUUUUUCCACUUAAGGAACCAAUACAAUUGAAAGCAGAAGAUGAAAUAGUGGUUCAUUUCUGGCGCAGAUGUGGUUCUAAGAAAGUGUGGUACGAAUGGUGUCUUAGCAAACCCAUCCCAGUCUCAAUCCAUAAUUCAACUGGACGUUCUUCCAUUAUCGGAUUAUAAUGUAACGAUUCCGUGUUUAUUCCUUGUUUGUUUAAGAUCUUUCUGAUAAUGUAUGCAAUAUCAUAAUUAGGUUAUCAAGUAUCAAUUAUUAUAGGUAGUAUACUUAAAUUUUCUAAAGAAUAGUAUUUACUCCGAAUAUUUUUCGUAUUUUUGCAUUAAUUUUAUUUGACAUUUGUAAGCUUGAUGCAUUAAUGUAAACAAGAUUAGAAUUCAAUUUGACAUAGAACUUGAUAUAAUGUAGAAUAUAAAUUUUUUUAUUUACAUAUGUAUAUAUAUGUGAGUGACGCGACAAAAGUUUCUGAAACAAAUGUUUAUUCGUUUGUUUUACUUGUGGUAUUAUAUGUACAUACGCCUGAGAUCAAAAGACGCGGUAGCGUCUCGCACCAAGUUUACGCAUAUAUAAGUAUAUUGGAGUGUGCAUUGGCUUGGCUGAUGUGAGGCGAGAGAGAGAGAGGUAAUAUAGCAUGGUGUCUUUGUCAUACAAUUUGUAUGACAGACAACUGCGGGAUACGUACAUGCAUCUUGUAUAACAGAGAAAAACAGAGAUCCCAAAACAUUAUCUAUUUUCUGAUAAUUUUUCGUCCAUGGGCGUAGUAUGGCAGUGCACACUCCAGUAUACUUAUAUCUCAGUGUAUUGUAAAGUACUCGGAUUGUAUAUUUUUUAUCAUCCGAUAUUUAUUUAGCAUCAGGUAAUAGUCAUUAACAGCGUAAAACGAUAAAGAAUAAAGAGAAGUAUAUUCGUGUGAAAGAUACGAUAUAUAAAUAUUUGCUUUAUUGCAAAUAUUUUUUUUAUGUACUGUAACUGUAGAUCUUAAUAUGACGCUGAUGUCUGAGGUCACUGAUAUUCAAUGAGGUCAUUGAUAUUAUAUGUAGAAUUUUGAUAACAUGUAUUACGAGAUGUUCUCGAAGCGUACUGUUACUGUCUUCUUAAACUCACGUGAUUUGAAAAACGUCUAAAUUCUACAUAUUGUAAGAUUGAUAUUGAACCAAAUGUUGUCCAUAUAACAAUAAUCCUGAAUAUAAAUAUGUACACUUUACAAUAAAUUUCUACUUAUUGACAAA